CCUGGAUACGGGUAAUAUAUCUCUGUGCUUGACAAUUCAGUUCUUUAGAUUAUUAAUUCAAUAUGUAUAAAUGUAUAUCUACAAUGCAUCAGCUGUCUCUGAAUCAUAAGGUAAAGCGAUUAAUCAUUCAGACAUAUCUCGUGUUUUAACAAGGGCCCUCUUGACAUGAUAUACCUCAUUCGCAGUACUGAUAUCAGUUCUUAUCAUCUAUUAAGUGGUCAGACACAACAUACUUCUGGUGUCGGUUCUUGACCUUUCAUGACAAAGAAAAUGAAUCUUCCAAGAGAGAUCCAGGUCGGAUGGUUUCCUUGCAGAAAGGCAUUUUUACUACCCCUGUGCUUUAUUCUGUUAGUUCGGAAUGUGUUGGGAUCUCGGCUGGUGCUGAUACUCCUAGAUGGGUUCCGAUGGGACUAUUUGGAACAAGAUGGCCACAUGUUGCCGGGGUUUAGCAGUAUCCAACAGCAGGGAGUGAGGGCGGAGUAUCUAGUUCCUGUGUAUCCAACUAUGUCCUUUCCAAAUUACUAUUCUAUCAUGGCAGGUGUGCACACAGAGAACCAUGGAUAUGUGACAAACUUUUUGUAUGAUGAAAAACACGGCAAGAAUCUGUUCAUGGACGAUGACGAUUUCCACCAAGAGAAGCACAGCCCCCACUGGUGGGAGGACGCCGAACCACUGUGGGUUAACGCCGAAAAUCAGGGAAAGAAGACGUAUUUCUUUUAUUGGAGAGAAUGUGAUGUAGUUAUAUCUGGAGUUAAACCUACCUACUGCAAACCAAGGACGAUAAAACCUGGAAUUCCGGAAAUGAAAUUCGCUAUCGACGAGUCUCUUCAUCUUUUGAAAAAUCGAUCCGCAGAUUUUAUAGGAAUUUAUGUCGAGGUAGUAGAUUAUUACGGGCACAUCUAUGGUAUUGGCUCUAAAGAGCUGGUGGAAGUCAUCAAAGCAGUUGACCGAGAAAUUCAUAACCUUAAAGAACAAAUGAUAUCAUUGGGAUUAGAUGACGUUAAUGUUAUGAUAUGUUCCGACCAUGGAAUGACCCCCAUCAAAGAAACCCUUGAUAUUGAGGACACAAUAGAUUACGAAGACAUCACAGCCUUGAUACCAGAGGGAGCCACUGUCAAAAUAUGGCCGAAAGAUGGCGCAUUAGACAAAGUAUAUGCCGCUCUUCAAGCUUCCGCUGUGAGUAAGAAGAUGACUGUAUACCGGCGGGACAACAUUCCGGAACGUUACAACCUGAGGGGACAUUACCGGGUGUCGCCAAUCUUUGUAGAGGCGGACGAGGGCGUAUACCUUACAACACCGUGUAAAUGUGCGGGCUGUCAACAGUGUAAUAUAAAGUUUGCGGAGCUUCCUACGUUUGAGGGGACUGGCUACAUGCGAGGAAUGCAUGGCUAUGACAAUACUGACGAGGACAUGAGGGGAAUUUUCCUCGCUUUUGGUCCAGACUUCAAGAAGAACUACACCAGUAAACCUUUCCCUAACAUAGAGUUAUACCAGCUGAUGUGCCAUGUUCUAGGAGUGAUUCCAAAUCCUAACAAUGGUACGUGGUCCAACGUGGCGCCACUGCUGUUACAUCCGGGGACUGCAGCGCAUCAUUCUAUGACAGACGAACUAUAAUUCCGCCUCAUCAGUGUGUGAUAAUUAUGCCAAGUCUUGUAGUCGUUUUCUUUGACUCGAAUAAGUUAUUGUAAACAAAAUCUUGUCAUUUUGGAAUUGAACAUUUCGACAAGACCAUAUAUAAAGUAUUUUCACCAAUUUUAAUGAGUUUUUUAAAAUUACAUCGAUAUCAUUACAACUGACAAAUACCUGGUUUGAUUAUUCAUAUCUGUUAAUUAUCAAAGUUUGGUGUUUAAGAAUAGAGACAAACAAAUCCGACGGAAUUAUUCACUACUUUAUCAACCGUUUGCUUCAUACUGAUCACACUAUGCCCAUUCAUUCAUCAUCCACGUAAACACAAUUCUUUAGGUAAAUUGUUUUUUUUUUUGGACAAAUUUAAUUCGUUUUUUUCUGUUUGGGUAUUUUCUCUUAAAUUUCACAGUUUUUUUUCUAAACAAGAUUUCCAAAUGUGUGCAAAACGGAGACACACCAAUAAACAACUGUGCAGGAUUAAAUACUGAUGAAAGAAACUACGACAUAGGCGUCUCUUCCGAUAAGGGAUCAGAAUGUGUUUACUCCGGUAGACAAAUGAGGAGUAGUUAUUUGUUUGGACGAAUAUGUUAUUUGUUCAGACGAAUUAGGAUUUGUUCGAACGAAUUAGGAUUUGUUCGGACGAAUUCGGAUUCGUUCGGACGAAUACGUUAUUUCUUUAGAUAAACGAGAUUUACCGUCACCUCAACUUUUUCCUUAUCUCAAAUCUUUAAAAGACUUGAGACAGAGUACUGAGUGGGAAAAGUUGGAGACAACGGGGCAAUGCUGCUUUCUUGUUUAAAGCUGCUUGGUCCGAUUUUAUACCAAAUUUUAUGCACGCUUUUAAACGAUGGCUAUGCUUAGUAUAUGUAUAAUAAUAGACAUUGCAGUUGUUUACCCAGUCAAUUAAGCCAAAUUUCAAUGAAGAAAAAUACGUACAAAAUCUGCUAACAAAACAUACGACAUUAAAAGGUACCGCGUUAUUUCGCCUCAUGUUAAAUUUCACCCCUGACGACGAUACGGGUUUGGUUGUAUUACGAAUUUGACAUCGCUUUAAAUAAAGGUCGAAAUGGUCAGACAAAUGAUCAGACAAAUUACAAAUAAACAUGUGUACGUUUUGUUCGCCAAUAUUUCUAAAGCCUGCUUUCUUUACAAUCGAUGCAAAGCAUGCGGGUUGAAUAACCCCAAUCAUUCGGGGGACGAAACCAUGCGGUUUCCUUUUCUAAACAUUCCCGUGAUGCAUUUUGGUUUGUUUUUUCGUUUGCCUAAAGAGAAAUUAUUUUUAUUUACCUUGAAUAUUUCUAACUUAGAAAGGAGAUUGAUUCUGCUGGUGUAAAUAGGAGAAAGUCCAUAACUUUGUAAGAUAAAUGAUUUGUAUGAACAAAAUUUUGAUACUGUAAUUACGAAAAAAUCGGACCAAGCAGCUUUAAAAACGAUGCUAAGUAUCUGUAAAGAACUAGUAUUCAACUGAUAUAUAUAAGACCAUCAUAAAACAAGAAAUAUGAGCAUCAUAUUUUAAAUCCAUAAUUUAAAUGCAUGGUUAGCUCUAGUUGAGGGGGCUGGCUAGUCAACAAGUUACCCAGCAGAAACGUUUUUGAAGAAGGAAAUUUACCAUAUGUGGGAUAUUUAAAAAGCUCAUCGCCCAAAAGUUCUUCAUUUUGAGACGGACUUACGAUUUGUUGCAACCAUAAUUAAGUUUUAUUACAAGCCACGGUGAAAAAAAAACCCACAGAAAAUGCAGAAAUCUACAAGCACUAAAACUUCGACAAGCACGAAGAAUGGGAAGACGGUGAAAACAACAGUGAAA